CAGAAACAUAAUCGGAACAGACAAAGACGAUCAACAUCAUGCCCGUUCGGUAGCCAUGGAUUUUUGGUCGCGCCUGAUCGGGGGCUCGUCAUCGUCCCGACACAACGCACCCCAGACCCCCCAGCAACGCCUUGCACGCUUCAAGCGCACUUAUGACCAAAUACGCCUCACGUAUCAGAAAUCGCCCUUGUUACAAGCAGAAUCGCCUGCUGCAGAAACUAUACGCAGCUGUUUCCAACGGCUCACGACCAUCAUACAAGACGAGUCGAGAGCGCCGGCUCCGCAUCUCUGUCUGCAGUUUGCUGCCAGUGCCCAGAUUUAUGCCACGGUAAGCAGGAUCGGGGCGGUAGCUCAGCAUGAGGGAAUCAUUCGGGAGACUGUCGGGCUAUUUCAGGCGCUGAUUGAGAGCGAAGAAGAGGGAUUUCUAGAAAAUGAGCGAUUCGCACACGCGCUGAUGGUAUUCGUGGAGAGAACCGCAGGAUCGGGGAAUCUCUACGUGGGCGAAGACACAGAGGGUGAAAUAAUCGAGCUCCUGUUUGGAAUUGCGGCCAAGAUCCGGCUGCAGCCUGAGAUCCUCCAGGUCUGGUUCAGGGACAGGGUACAGUCGAACAAGCGGAGACACAGUCUGGACGCUGGUGGCAAGGAGAAAAACUUCGUGGGAUUGACAAGCAAAGAAGAUUUCCCACUUUGCUACCAUCUCAUCGAUCAUGUCCAUCAUGAAGGACGAAUAGGCGACUUUGCGAGAACAGGUCUGUUGUACAUCUUUGAGAGUGCGAGCAAGAGUGAGGAGCUAGAACAAUGGAUUGUUGCAAGCGAUAUGCCAACUUUGAUGGCUACGGGGCUGGGGGCUCUGUACAGUCAAUUGAGCCGAAAACUGUCUAUCAUCCACCCCGAAGAGGAUUUGCCUAUCAUACUCAAGCUAUCUGACUACCAGGAGAUGAAAGCUCCAGCCGAGGCAGAGGGGCUAUAUACAGAAUAUCUUCAAGGUCAUCUUACUACCUUCCUAUCGCACCUGACGUUCUGGCAGGACGUCUUGGAACACUGCCGCUCCAUUGACGUUCGACAAACACUGUUGGAUCACCUCCAAGUCCUCUUCCUACAGCAAUUGCUGUACCCAUCCAUGCUUGAGUCUUCGGAUAUUGAUGGCGGCUCCUCUGUAGCAGUACUUACUUACCUGAGACAAAUACUGGACACCCUUGACCAUGCUGAGCUCAUCAACUUGGUAUUGCAAUAUCUCCUUGCUCUGCCCGAACCAAAACGAGCUCGCAGUCCGACAGCAAUCAAGCGGAAAAGCUCUCUUCUCCUUUUAACGCAGCCAGCAAAUGAGGACGACCGGAUGAACCCAGCACUUUUCAAUCUAGUCGAUCUUCUCCAGAGUAGUGUCACCAGCGAGAAUCCUCAAACUGUCAUCGCAGCCCUGAAGCUAACGACCGUCAUACUGAGCAAGAAUCAUUUUUAUGCCAUAGACACACUGCUUCAGACACAGACGCACCCUCAGACUUCCAGUGAAGCGCCACAGAAACGAACGCACGGUGCCCUAAACGCCGAAGUUGAGGCAUACAUGUCUCUUGCCGAAUCUAUCGGCGGUCCGUCAGGCUUGGACGAAUCUUACGAUGCUCACCUGAAAGACGCCAUGCGCUUGCUUGAGUCGCACUCAUGUUCGGGCAAGCUUCUUGACUUGGGUGUCUUCACGGGCUCAACAGCCACUAAACCGCUGCCUAGUCCUGUUGGACCCGGCACCAUCGCAUCACACACGAUACCUAGAGAUGACAUGUUUCUAGGAAAAUUGUUGACUUGUCUAAAAGGAUUCUGGACGAACAACGUGGAGUUGAAUCUUGCUGUUACCGAGGUCUGGGUAGCGUUGUUCAGCUGUCCAUUUUUCGGGCUGGAAGGAUGGGCAGCAGUGGAGCCAAGGUUUUACGUUUUCAACUCUAUAGACGGGGACGGGGCAGGUGAUGAGCAGCAGCCACUAAAAAAUGCAAGAAGGCGUCCAAGCUGGACCUUAGAGCAUGAACCGGCAUUCAUGUCCGUCUUUCGGGAUCUGAAAGCCGAAUUGGAUAAGCUCAAGAGCGCCAUACCUGACUUAGAUGGCCUUGUAGCAGCGAGGAAACAGGUGUUUAGGCUGCAUGGGGACAUCGAAGAUGCGAUUCGGAACCCGCCUCCUGUGAAGGCCAACAAUCCGAAGAAGAAUUCCCAGCAAGGGGGUGGCGAAAUAUCAUCAUCUCCAGGAACAAAUGCCCCUCCCUCAUCAUUGCAGCAGCGACUUUUGGAUGCGGUCUCGCCAAGCCCGUCGAGAUCACAGUCUCGCAGUCGAAGAGCAGACAUCACAUCGAGCCCAACGUCCGGUGGGGGUGGGUUUCUAUCCCAGUAUGCGCCGGGGCUCCAGUCAUCGCCGCAGCACCAUCCGACCUCGACUCCAUCGAGGAGCAGGCCUCAUGAAACACGGAUGGGCAGGAACAGCAGCGAUUCCGGAUCCGGCGUUCCUGACACGGGUCUAGUCGCCGAGAGGCAGUUGCUUGAAGAUGUUAUGCGGGCUGCGAGUGAGAGCAGGAUGCAACAACGUCUCGUUUUCCCCAUCGAUACGUCUGCAGCUGAUUCCCAUGGCCUUGGAAUCUCGGGACAUGAGGAGGGAGAUCGCAUGGCCAACGCAAGUAGUAGAGACGGAGACGAUGGGGGCAACGUGAAUGACGAAAAGAAAUCUGCAAGUCUGGGUCAUAUUCUGACCAAUGCAGUUGUGCUACAGGAAUUUGUCCUUGAGAUCACAGCGAUCAUGCAGGUUCGAGCAAGCAUGCUCGGGGAAGUGGCUUUUGUCUAAAGAUUUUGAUAAAGCGCUUAUGAGCAUCUAAGAUACCCUAUUGCAAGUACCACAACCCUUUGGAAACGU